ACUCAUUUGUCAUCACACGAUCGUAGGUAUAUAAGACGAAACAAGCUCGUUAAACCGCCAAAUACGAAAAAGUAUCUUGCAAAAAUCAGACUUAUAAAAAAUAUUUUUUUGUGAAAAAUGUCGCUGUUACCAAUGUUUUUACGUGAGUUCUCGAGACCUAUGAGGAUGAUUGAACAGCAAAUGAGAGAAGAGCUGUUCCGUCCAACAUUUGGAUACUUUGUUAAUCAACCAAGAUUUCAAGUUGAAUAUCCAGAAACGGAGAACGAAGCUACCAUAGAAGACAACGAUAAGAUUCAAAUUAAAUUUAAUAUGCAAGGCUUUAAGCCUGAACAUAUUAAAGUGAAAACAAUUAAUGGAAAUACCCUUGAAGUAGAAGCAAAAUUUGAAGAAAACUAUGAUGAUGGGAAGAAAGGUUUCAUUUCAAAACACGUUCUAAGAAGAUUUGUUUUUCCAAAAGGUCACGAUAUACAAAAAUCAUAUUCGUCCUUUUCAUCUGAUGGAAUAUUAACUAUAACUACACCAAAAUCUCAACAAGAAGAGCAAGCUAUACCAAUCGAACACGAACAAGCCAACACCGAAAGUGAAGUGAAAAAUGAAAAUAAGUGAAAUAAAUAUAAUAAUAAGUGAAUUAGUAUCACCACAUAAAAAUUGAACCAUAGCGUUUUACUAGAUUAUGUAUAUCAUUGUUUAUUAGUUUUCUGUAUUGUGUAAAAUUAUUUUCAAUAAAAAUAUACCUAUUUA